AUGACACAAGACAUGGCAUCAAGCGCCACAGCAACUUCAAACCUCACUCCCGCGCAAACUCUCUACGGCAAAACCGCCAUCAUCAGCGGCUCCUCCUCAGGAAUCGGCCUCGCAAUCGCGCACGAGCUCGCCUCCCGCGGCAGCAACAUCGUCCUCAAUUACCCAUUCCCCAGCCUCUCCUCUGCCGCCCAAUCUCUUAUCUCCUCCUUCCCUACCCGCACAAUCGCCGUCUGCGCCGACAUAUCCACCACCGACGGUCCCCAAACACUGAUCGAUGCAGCAGUCAAAGAAUUCGGCAAGAUCGAUAUCCUAGUCAACAAUGCCGCACUGGCUGUGAACUUGCCAUUCGAAGAACAGACUUUAGAGCACUGGGACUCACUGGUGAACUUAAACGCGCGAGGGACGUUCCUGUUGACACAAGCUGUACUUCCGCAUUUAGUCGAGCAAGGCGGCCGAAUAGUAAAUAUCGACAGUAUAUCCUCACGUGCCGCACCGCCACUACAAACCAUCUACGCCGGUACGAAAGGCAUGGUAGAUUCAUUUACGCGAUGCUGGGCGAAGGAGUUGCCGCCCAAGUAUGGAUGUACGGUGAAUGCAGUUAGUCCUGGGCCGACGAUGACGGAGGGGUUUGCGGCUGCGGGGGAGCAGUUCAUGAGAGAGAUGAGGCCGGUUAUGGAGCAGACGCCGGUGGGGAAGAGGAUGGCGAGGGUGGAGGAGAUUGCGUUUGCGGUGGGGUUUUUGUGUGAGCCGAGGGCGAGCUGGAUAAAUGGGUUGAAUUUGACGGCUAGUGGGGGGUUGUUUAUUGAUUGA